CCCCAGCUUCUGUGAAAGGAGCCCUUCUGUCACUCGUCACUCGCUCGCUUGCUCGCUCGCUCUCUCGCUCGCCGUGGGAGGAGCCCGCCAGAGGAAGCCGUGUGCCUGGGAUGCCAAGAGCCAGAGAAUGGAUCUGCUCCGAGUGGGGACAUUGCUGAGGAUCCCGGCUUCCCGAGGCGGCUAAAAACAAGCAUUUGGUUUUGGCUGCCUGUAGAUAUCCAGGGACAAUAGGAGACCUAAGCGGACCGGAGGAGGGACGGACCGACGAGCAGAUAGAUGGUCGGCGCGAACCCAGGAGGACCGGCGGGGGAGGCUGAGCACCGCGAGCCCAGCCGCCGCGCUUGAAGAGAAACUAACUGCACGCCCAAGUUGCCCCGCCGGCUGCCCGCGCGCUGAGGAAUGAGACCUUUCCAGCUGGAUUUGCUCUUCCUCUGCUUCUUCCUCUUCAGUCAAGAGCUUGGCCUCCAGAAGAGAGGAUGCUGUCUGGUGCUGGGCUACAUGGCCAAGGACAAGUUUCGGAGAAUGAAUGAAGGCCAAGUCUACUCCUUCAGCCAACAACCCCAGGACCAAGUGGUGGUGUCAGGACAGCCAGUGACACUGCUUUGCGCCAUCCCAGAAUACGAUGGCUUCGUCCUGUGGAUCAAAGAUGGCUUGGCUCUGGGUGUAGGCAGAGACCUCUCAAGUUACCCCCAGUACCUGGUGGUGGGGAACCACCUGUCAGGAGAGCAUCACUUGAAGAUCCUGAGGGCUGAGCUGCAGGAUGAUGCUGUGUAUGAGUGCCAGGCCAUCCAGGCUGCCAUCCGCUCCCGCCCCGCACGCCUCACAGUCCUGGUGCCACCAGAUGACCCCAUCAUCCUAGGGGGGCCUGUGAUCAGCCUCCGGGCAGGGGACCCCCUCAACCUCACCUGCCAUGCGGAUAAUGCCAAGCCUGCAGCUUCUAUCAUCUGGCUUCGUAAAGGAGAGGUCAUCAAUGGGGCUACCUACUCCAAGACCCUGCUUCGAGAUGGCAAACGUGAGAGCAUUGUCAGCACCCUCUUCAUCUCCCCAGGAGACGUAGAAAAUGGACAAAGUAUUGUGUGCCGAGCCACCAACAAAGCCAUCCCCGGAGGAAAGGAGACCUCAGUCACCAUAGACAUCCAGCAUGCCCCACUUGUCAACAUGACCAUAGAACCACAGCCGGUGUUGGAGGACAACAUCGUCACGUUCCACUGCUCUGCAAAGGCCAACCCAGCUGUCACCCAGUACAGGUGGGCCAAACGGGGUCACAUCAUCAAGGAGGCAUCUGGGGAGCUGUAUAGGACAACUGUGGACUACACGUAUUUCUCAGAGCCUGUGUCCUGUGAAGUGACCAAUGCCCUCGGCAGCACCAACCUUAGCCGCACAGUGGACGUCUACUUUGGUCCCCGAAUGACCUCAGAGCCUCAGUCCCUGCUGGUAGAUCUGGGAUCAGAAGCCAUCUUCAGCUGUGCCUGGAUCGGCAACCCAUCUCUGACCAUCGUGUGGAUGAAACGGGGUUCUGGUGUGGUCCUGAGCAAUGAAAAGACCCUGACCCUCAAAUCUGUCCGUCAAGAGGAUGCUGGGAAGUACGUGUGCCGGGCUGUGGUGCCCAGGGUAGGCGCUGGGGAGCGAGAGGUGACCUUGACUGUCAACGGACCACCUAUCAUCUCCAGCACACAGACGCAGCAUGCCCUUCAUGGCGAGAAAGGCCAGAUCAAGUGCUUCAUCCGGAGCACCCCACCGCCUGACCGCAUUGCCUGGUCCUGGAAGGAGAAUGUGCUGGAAUCAGGGACAUCAGGGCGCUACACAGUAGAGACCGUGAGCACCGAGGAGGGCGUCAUCUCCACACUGACCAUUAGCAACAUUGUGCGUGCCGACUUCCAAACCAUCUACAACUGUACAGCCUGGAACAGCUUCGGCUCUGACACAGAGAUCAUCCGACUCAAGGAACAAGGUUCGGAAAUGAAGUCGGGAGCCGGGCUGGAAGCAGAGUCUGUGCCAAUGGCCGUCAUCAUUGGGGUGGCCGUAGGAGCUGGUGUGGCCUUCCUCGUCCUAAUGGCAACCAUUGUGGCCUUCUGCUGUGCCCGUUCCCAGAGAAAUCUCAAAGGUGUUGUAUCAGCCAAAAAUGAUAUCCGAGUGGAGAUUGUUCACAAGGAACCAGCUUCUGGCCGGGAGGCUGAAGAUCACACCACCAUCAAGCAGCUGAUGAUGGAUCGGGGUGAAUUCCAGCAGGACUCAGUGCUGAAGCAGCUGGAGGUCCUCAAAGAAGAGGAGAAAGAGUUUCAGAACCUGAAGGACCCCACCAACGGCUACUACAGUGUCAACACCUUCAAAGAGCACCACUCAACUCCAACCAUCUCCCUGUCCAGCUGCCAGCCAGACCUGCGUCCUACAGGCAAACAGCGCGUACCCACAGGCAUGUCCUUCACCAACAUCUACAGCACCUUGAGCGGGCAGGGCCGCCUCUACGACUAUGGACAGAGGUUCGUGUUAGGCAUGGGCAGCUCUUCCAUCGAGCUUUGUGAGCGGGAGUUUCAGAGGGGCUCCCUUAGCGACAGCAGCUCCUUCCUGGACACGCAGUGUGACAGCAGCGUCAGCAGCAGCGGCAAGCAGGACGGCUACGUGCAAUUUGACAAGGCCAGCAAGGCUUCUGCCUCUUCUUCCCAUCACUCCCAGUCCUCUUCCCAGAACUCUGACCCCAGUCGACCCCUGCAGCGGCGGAUGCAGACUCAUGUCUGAGGAUCACGCACUGUGGUGGGGAUGGGCCAGGGAGGAGGACAGGGCACAUUCUCCUUCUCCACAAAGUGGGCCUACUUUGCAGAGGACCCUACUAGAACUGGCUGCCUCUGGAGUGGCCUCGGAGCACCUCUCUUACCUUCCUUCGAAGCUCUGAUGAAGCACAAAUCUGGCUCCUAGAUAGAAAAUGAAGAGGACA